AAGUCAAAUAUUGCACCAACUAUCUCGAUCUCGAUGUUGGCUCGCCAGUCUCUCCAAAGGAUCACCUUCUCGGCUAAGAAGACUUCUGCGAUCCUCCUCAGGAAUCCGGCUCAGUCGUCCUUACUUCGAUUCUUGCCCUGCUCCGAUGAAUGCAUCUCUCAACAACCCAUUGUCAGGAGGUUAUCAUCCUCAGCUCUUAACUGUGCAAAUCCGACCAAGGCGCCAGCUAGCUCGAUCGAGCCAUUGGGACACCAAAGUCGUAAUUUGAUCGAGGAAGGCUCUCGUCUAUUAGAGAAGGGGGAUCUUGAAGGGGCCUUGGAAAAAUACGAGGAGGGUAUCGCGAUGGUGCCGAGUUCAACGGGAUACUAUAAUCUAGGCAUAGCGCUCUAUCAAUUGAAACGUAUCCCGGAAGCCAUCGAGGCCUGGAAGAAGGCUCUAGCGGACGGCCCAUCUGCGGAUGUGCACACCAAUCUGGCCUCGGCAUACAUCCUCUCCAAGCCACCGGAGCCGUUCAAGGCGCUCGAGCACCUCAAGAAGGCCGUCGAGCUCGACCCGACCGACGGCGAGAUCUGCUUCAACCUUGGUGCGGUCAAUGAAGCCAACGAUCACCUCGCCGAUGCUCUUGCUGAGUACACCCGCGCUCGACAACUAGGAGUCCAACGGGCCGAACAAAAUAUCCGCAACGUCGGCGCAAAGCUGUUGCGGAAACGGCUCGAAGAAGAAGAACGAGAACAGGCGGUCAAGAAGAAGUAGACCUGCUCUCUUUCCUCCAUUGUACCAUCACAUAUCAAAAAAAAAAAAAAAGAAGAUUUCCUCUUGCAUACCCAUCAUACAUUCAAGGCCACCACCAAAUCCGCGACCCCUCAUGCUCUCAUGUCUCUAUAGACCAGUCGAGUUCGAUCUCCUUAAUUUCUGCUUGUGUUAUAUACGGCUUCCUUCAUCCCUCUAGUAGCAGAAAAAAAAAGAUUCAUAUGUUGGAAUCUGAGAGUGAGAGAUCCACUCACAGAAUGUUUCAAGUGAGUAUUGAGAGGUAUGGAAUGUUUAUCUGUUAUGCUUGCCCGAGCAGAUGUAGUGUAUAAAGAGCCUGCCAUCCUACAUACCUUUUUUGUCUGUCAAUAACUCAACAUUCAGAAACUCCCAUCGCUGUUCCUAUCCAUUGCAGGACUUGACCAUGAUCUCUAGCCUCUCAUCUAGAACCUGUAAGCCCCAUUGGUCAAUCAAUCAAUCAAUCCAUCAAUCUUGAUUCUCUAGAGUUUAUGCUUGCA